CCUUUGACCUACAGUUCCCGUCGUGCCCCGCGCGCAGUGACCCUGUCGUCCAUGUUGGUUUUCAUGCCGCUUUUUCUGACGGAAAUUGUUCAACCUUUCGCGAAAUGUUGGCCUCUUUUUCAGAGAAAGUCCGCUCAAUUAUAACAUCAGUGACGUCUGCAGUGAGUCCAAGUUCAAGUCCCACCACAGAGAGGAGCAGAAAGCGCCAAUUCGAGAGCAAUGACGAGGUGUAUCCAGAUGACUGCCUCAUCACUCCACCUGUGAAAAGGGCAAGAAUUGCUGCAGUCGCAGAGGGUAAGCAGACAGGCUUUUCCCCUUCCCUGAGUGGAACGGCAAGCUGGAUCAAGGAAACAGCUAUCGGUGCCAUCAAGUGGUCCCAGGGUUUCUCCUUCUACGGCAAGCGACCCCCACCGAGAAUGGAACAGUCCAACACAAACCACAGCAGAAGAGUCAUCCAGCCAUUUGUAAGAAAUCCUGUUGACGAUGACAUCCUGAAUUCACCACUUGACUUUGACGUACAGCCAAGAAGCAGUCUGCAUAGAGGAAAUCAUGUCAGUUCAUUCAAAGAUUCUUCCACCAGAGUAUCCCAUGAGAAAAAAAUGACAGCCCCAUCCACAAGGACAAGCAGCAUCACAGGUGGAGGAGGGAGUAUGUUCUUUGAGACACGUGUGGAGACAGUGUCCCCAGGACAGGGCAGUCACGCCCAGAGCACACAAUAUGUACCAGUCAACAAAACUAACGGUAUCAGUAAAGGUCGGAUUUCGACCACGCCAAAGCCCACCUCUCAGAACGGCCCGCUGCCGGGACGUACGCUGUACCGCGGCGACGCCCCGCGACAGGCGUCGGUCCACGACAGGAUACUACAGCGCCCCACCUCGCCUGUCCUGUCCAUAGCUAGUAUGUCGUCGGGUGCUUCACUUUGGAGUGGGGCAUCUACUAGGAGGAAGCUGUCAGUCAAUGAGUGUUUCCGUAUGGAUGAGAAGGCGAGAUACCUGCAACUGCUGAGACAGUUCUCAGCCAGCCCUGCCCCCCAGCAGAUUGACAGGGAAGUGCAGGCGCCCAUUUUCUCACAGCCACACAGAAGACCCAGUAAUUCCACCGUUCUGGGUUCUACCAUGCCUAGACCCGAGCCGAUUCACGAAGAGCCUGAGCGAAGCGCCCGGGUUCAGAAGAAACGUGCAAGUUUCGUCCGACACGACAGUGCGAGAACACAGAAGGAAAGCGUCUCUACGCUCCAGGACCUCAGCCCUGAGGCAACCAAUAGGACGGCCCACCCUCCCAGGACACCUGCACAACCAAAUGCCCCUGCUGAAGCCAGUUGCUGCCAGCGAUGUCUAGUAAGACUAACAUGCUGCUGUUGUCUUCCAGGGUUUGAUGAUGACCCAGACUCGCCCGUUAUAGUCAGUGUGGAGCCUGGAACCAGAACUAGCAGCAGGGUUCUAGACUCACCAUUUGCUGCUGAGACCUGGGUGAAAGAAUUCAAUGAGAAGUAUGGCUCCCGAACAAGACACCGCCAAAAACAAAUCGAAGAGGAGCGGAUCAAGGCUAAAAAGCUGGAAGAAAGGAGAAAGAAGCAAGAGAAGACGCUAGAAGAACGGCUGAGCGAACGCCUGUCCAUCGCCGAGAAAACACCUGCAGUGAUCGAGGACAAAAUACCCCAGAAAGAGAUCAGCUUCCCUAAGAUUACAGAUGACAUGCAGACAGAGAUCUCGCAGGCCUUGCGUCCAUCUCCCGAAGGAGAAAUCCUAGUGAAAGGGUACCGGUUAGAGAUCACCCGCAAGGACAUGCACACACUAGCCGGGCUCAACUGGCUCAAUGAUGAAAUUAUCAAUUUUUACAUGAACAUGAUUAUGGACAGAGGUAAUAUUCAGGGUAACCUUAAGGUCCAUGCGUUCAAUACGUUCUUCUACACCAAGAUAACGCAGCAGGGCCCAUCCUCUGUCAUGAGGUGGACACGGAAAGUCAGCCUGUUCUCCAUGGACCUGGUCCUGGUACCGGUACAUCUGGGCAUGCACUGGUGCAUGGCGGUGUUGGACAUGAGAAACAAAUGCAUCAAAUAUUAUGACUCUAUGGGCGGGAGGAACGACAAAGGCAUCAACGCUCUUCGUGACUACCUGCAAGCAGAGCACAAAGACAAGAAAGGAAGCAACCUGGACUUAUCCGGUUGGACAUCACAGUAUCCAGAGAACAUACCGCAGCAGAUGAACGGGAGCGACUGCGGAAUGUUUGCCUGUAAAUUCGCCGAGUACGCCAGUCGGGACGCAAGCAUAAACUUCGAUCAGACACACAUGCCCUACUUCAGAAGAAGAAUGGUUUGGGAGAUUCUCCACAAGAAGUUGGUAUAAUAGCAGCUAUCCACUGUGUGGUCAUCAUGUAAAUGUUCAUAGAAAUUUCUACAGAUAACUAGUAACGGGCAGUAGUGUACUGUCCAUUUAUUAAUGCCAUGUCAUUCUCCAUCCGAGAUUAUUGUACAGUGUAAAGGAUUAUGCAUACAUUUGUAGUCCAUGGCAACGUCUUUUGUUUACAAACAGUUGUCAUAGCAAUGGAAUAGACAUUGUGACAAGAGCUUCCGUUCUCCAAAGGUGGUGUCAGGCAAAGGAAAAGAAUUGUGGAAUGUUAGAGUCCGUGGUGGAAAUUUACUUGAAAAAUUCAUUCAUAGGAAAUGUUCUUUAUUGAAAAAAUCAUUCUGUUUCUUUAUGUUAAGGUAUUGGAUGACUGUAAAACUGUAUGGUCUGCCUUUUAGUUCAAAAUGAAGUGUGGUUUCAGUGCAAAUGUGUCGCAACAAGGUUUUGUUCAAACUCAAUACUUCUGUGUUUUUUGAGCGACAAUCCAGAGAAGAACACUAGGGACAGAUUUCUCUGUCUCCUAUCUCUAUACCAAACCCAUGCCAAAAGGGAAGUGUCUUCGGAGCGCCUUGGAAAGAAAUUUGUGCCAGAAAGAAGUCUUUGUAUUUUCCAUCUUUUUGACUGCCUGGUGUUUUGGCAUUGCCGACGAAUUUAAAAGCUGUAAAUAUCUGUAGAGGUACUCCUGCAUCUUGCCAUUGUAAAUAACCUGCAUCGACCGAUGGCUUUUCAGACAGAAAUGACCCCCCAAAAUCCUUUUUUCAACUGCCUAG